UCAAUGCAGUUCUUCAUCUCGGAUGACAAGGAAAUAUGAUGUGUUUGUGAGCUUCAGAGGUGAGGAUACACGAAACAACUUCACUGAUCAUCUUUAUGCUGCUCUCCAUAGAAAUGGCAUUAUUGCCUUUAGGGAUGAUACAAAUCUUAAAAAAGGCGAAUCCAUAGCACCUGAGCUCAUGCAAGCAAUUGAAGGGUCUCAGGUUUUGAUUGUCAUCUUCUCAAAGAACUAUGCUUCCUCAACAUGGUGCUUGCAAGAACUCAUAGAGUUUCUCAACUGUGUUCAAGUAUCAGGGAAACACGUUCUGCCUAUUUUCUAUGAUGUUGAUCCAUCUGAGGUAAGAAAACAAAGUGGAAGUUAUGACAAAGCAUUUGGUGAACAUGAAGAAAGAUUUAAAGAAGAUUUAGAGAAGAUGGUGGAGGUGCAAAGAUGGAGAGAAGCUCUGACUCAAGUGGCCAAUCUCUCUGGUUGGGAUGUACGAGAUAAGCCACAAAAUGCGGAGAUUGAAAAAAUUGCUAAAGAGGUAAUAAACAUAUUGGAUGAAAAUAUUUCAAGCCUUCCAAAUGAUCUAGUUGGAAUAGAAUCUGCUGCAGAGGAAUUAGAAAAGCUUUUACACUUGAGCUCAGUUGAUGAUGUUGGGUUUGUAGGAAUAACCGGUAUGGGAGGAAUAGGAAAAACAACUCUAGCCACUCUUUUAUAUGAAAGAAUCUCUCGUCAAUAUGAUACUUGUUGUUUUAUUGAUGAUGUGAGCAAAGUUUGUAGAGAUUACGGUCCAGUUGGUGUAGCAAAGCAACUUCUAUGUCAAACAUUAAAUGAAGAAAACCUUCAUGUAUGCAAUCUUUAUGAUGCUACUAAUUUGAUAAGGCAAAGGUUAUGUCAUGUAAGAGCCCUUAUAGUUCUUGAUAAUGUUGAUCAAGUAGAACAACUGGAGAAAUUAGUUUUGAACCGGGAAUGUUUAGGUGCAGGAAGUAGAAUUAUCAUAAUUUCUAGAGACAAGCAUAUAUUAACAGUAUAUGGAGUGGAUGAUGUUUACAACGUUAGACUCCUAUGUUGUGAUAGUUCUCUUAAAUUAUUAUGUAGAAAAGCUUUCAAAUGUGACGAUGUUAGAACAGAGUAUGAAAAUUUGGCAUAUGAUGCACUGAGUUUUGCUAACGGCCUUCCACUAGCAAUUAAAGUAUUGGGUUCAUUUUUGUUUGGACGAGAUGUCUAUGAAUGGAGAAGUGCAUUGUUCAGAUUGAGAGAAAGUUCAAGCAAAGAUGUUAUGGAUGUGCUGCGAAUUAGUUAUGAUGAACUUGAGGAAAUGCAAAAAGAAAUAUUUCUAGAUAUUGCUUGCUUCUUCAAUAACAAAUGGCUGAGCGAAGUUAAGAAAAUUCUAGAUUGCCGUGGAUUUCAUCCAGAUAUUGGAAUAAGAGAUUUAAUUGAUAAAUCACUCCUAACCGUUUCACAUGAUGGCCUCAUUAUUAAAAUGCAUAGUUUGUUGGAAGAGCUGGGCAAACAAAUUGUUCGAGAAAAUUCACCCAGAGAGCCACGAAAAUGGAGCAGGCUUUGGGAGGAGGAAGAUUUCUACAAGUUUACGUCGGAAGAUAAUACUGAAAGCAAGGUUGAAGCCGUAGUUUUGAGGGAUUCAGAAACGUUGAUGGCCGAAGCAGUGUCAAAAUUGAAUCGCAUUAGAUUGCUUAUAAUAAGUGAUCGGAAAAUUUCAGGAAGUCUCUCUAGUCUUUCUAAUGAAUUACGAUAUGUUCUUUGGAGUGGAUACCCUUUCAUGCAUUUGCCAUCAAGUUUUCAGCCCACAAGGCUUGUACAUUUGGAUUUGCGUUCUAGCAGCAUCAAACAAUUAUGGGAAGGCAAGAAGUAUUUGCCCAGUUUGAAAACUUUGGAUCUCAGCAACUCUCAUAAUCUUAUCAAGAUGCCAGAUCUUGGAGGGGUCCCAAAUCUUGAGUGGCUGAAUCUUGAAGGAUGUAUAAGACUAGAGCAGAUCGACCCAUCCACUGGUCUUCUAAGAAAGCUUAUUUUCUUGAAUUUGAGUGGCUGCAAAAGUCUCCACGGCUGUUCAAAAGUGUCUAAUAACCUGCUCAUAGAUAAACUUAGGCAUGCGGAGAAUUCGAAGGAGCUUGAUAUAAGUGAAACUACUAUGCACUCCCAAUCAACAUCCUCCAUGGUCAAAAGGCUUAUGUUGUUGCCUUUACAAUUCUUGAAAUCUAGAAAACAUAAGGAUUCAGCUAGUUGUUCGUUGACUUGCUUGCCUAGCUUCUCUUGUUUGAGAGAUCUUAAUCUAAGUUUCUGCAAUCUACAACAAAUCCCUGAUGUUCUUGGAAGUUUAUAUUGUUUAGAAAGGCUAAAUUUAGAGGGAAACAAUUUUCUUACACUUUGUAGCCUGAAGGAGCUUUCCAAACUUGUGAAUUUAAACCUGUCACAUUGCAAGCACUUGAAAUCUUUGCCUGAGCUCCCUUCACGUACAUAUUUUCCAUCAAGAAGAGAUCCGGUGGUAGAUCCAGAAUUACGCAUUUUCAACUGUCCAAAUUUGGAUGAGAGGGAACGCUGCAAUAGCAUGAUUUUUUCAUGGAUGAAACAAGUCUUUCAGGCGUGCCAAGAAUCCUCUGCCCCCUUUCAUAGUAUUGAAAUAAUAAUUCCAGGAAGUGAAAUACCAAGGUGGUUCAACAAUCAGAGUGUGGGUAACUCAAUAAGCAUAGACUCAUCUCCCAUUAUGCAUCACAAUAAUUGGAUUGGCGUAGCUUGCUGUGCAGUUUUUGUGGCACAUCGUUUUUCAACAAAAUGGACAUGUAAGGAUAAUGGACCUUAUUUGGACAUUAGAUUUAAACAUAAAUGGAGUUGGGCACAUCUCUCCAGAUUGAUAGUUCCUGAUGCAGAUCUGGUUACGGUCAAAUCAGAUCAUACGUGGCUCAUCAUCUAUUUCCCUUGGGCAGAAUCAAUUCAUCUUGAAGAUAUCGAGACCACAUAUUCGUCCUUCCCCCGACAAGGUUUGCUGUUUCAGAUGAAGGAUUUCAGGUAUAAUUGGGUAUCUGAGAAGGAUUUGGAACAAUUUACAGAGAUGCAUAGCACUAAUUCGGCAGCUCCAAAUCGCAAGGUUUUGGCCAUUGAUGAUAAGCCACAGCCAUUAUGAAUUGAAUGAUUAACAAAAACAAGUAGCACCUGCAUUUUGAAGGUACAGGUGUUCCUGAGGCUGAGUCCUCUGGAGGCAGGAGGCCGAAGUUGAGCUGAUAUGUCAUAUGCUUUGAUUAUCAUUUUUGGAUAUGAUUAUGCCUUGUUGUUAUAUGGCUAUUGUACUUGAGACAUGAUCUUGUCAUGUUGUUAUUUGGUGAGCAUGGGGCUGUCCAUGUCACAUU